ACAUCUCAACCAAAUUCGUCAAUCAUGUCCUCUACACCGCCAGUGGCUCGUGGAAAAGCUGUUCAAAAUACUUUGUAUCACCUGGACCGCAUCUUAGACCGCAUAACAGAGAUUACGACAGACAUUGCCAUCCUACACGAUAAAGCUGAGAAGGCGAUUCUGAAAGCGGACCGCGAAAAGACCACUGCAGAACUUAAAGCUUUGGUCGAAAAGCUAGAUGAGCAUUACGAGGAGCACCAAGCAUCCGUACGCAGUAUUGAUAUCAACGAUAUGAUCGCUUUCUACAGGGUCGCGGGGAGGACCGAAGAACAGGCACGCAAGGAAGUUGAGGAUGAUUUUAAUGGGGUAAAGGCGAUGGUGGAUGAGAUGAGGCGGUGCGCGAAGGAGGCCUUGGCGGAUGUUGUGUACGAAGAAAUAGGAACGCCGUUGACUGAAAGUGAGAUUAGUUUCUCUAAGAUCUAAAAUAUGCGCAGUCUCCGCAGAUAUCAAGAUUCAAUCCACACUCUGUGUUCCUUACGAGAUCGUCCUAGUAUUAGUGCAUGUACGAAUUCUGAUAUGUUUGCGAUGCAUCAUCUUUAAUAUUUGGUUGUGCUAUCAAUUGGCAUUUCUCCAGAAAACCUUCGAAAUCACCAAAUAAAAGCGAAUCUUUAUUUAUCAUUUGUUCUUCGACGUCUUCUAGUGACCUGAAGCUACAAUUCUAUGAGAUGUGGGACGGAAUGUCGAUCGCCUGGCGCGAAUCACCGGGUCGCCGAUCCUACAUAAUCGUAUACCCGCAAUUUGUAUCGCAUCGGCCACU